AAUAAUCCCAUCGUAUUCCAGUUUGUCGCUACCGUUGUCCUGCUCUCGCUGGCCGGCGUCUUGGAGGCUCGUCCUUCCGACUCCCCCGACGCCCAUGCCGAGAUCCGGAGCUUUGUCAACGAGCUGAAGCAGGAGGACGGCAGCUACAACUACCAGUUCGAGACCUCCAACGGGAUCGCCCAGCAGGAGCAGGGCGUGGGCGGCUACUACGCCAGCGGUUCCUCUCAGUACUACACCCCCGAAGGACAGCUCAUCCAGCUGACCUACACCGCGGACGAGAACGGGUUCCAGCCACAGGGCGAGCACCUGCCCACCUCUCCUCCGAUCCCUGAGGCCAUCCUCAAGUCGCUGGAGUGGAACCGCAACCAUCCGGAGGAGGAAACCGAGGAGUAUGCCCAUGGCCAUGGACACGGAGGACACGCCGGACACGCUGGACACGGUCUGGAGCAGGGCAAGCAGUAUCUGCAGCCAGCCACUACGCCUCUGCUGGCGCCUGCGCCGGCUCUGGCGGUGGCUGUGGGCGGAGCCGGACUCCCCUACGACAGGAAGCUGUAAGCCGUCCAGCAAGGAUUCUGCCAGGCAUCCAUCCAGCUCGCCUCAUGUCCUGCCUGUUUGCAUAGUCGAAGCCAGUCGCCCAUCCGCCCAUACUCUGUAUAUAUAGACCCUCAUACAUUUACAUCAACAAGCUCCAGGGCUCCUCCGCAGCCCCCAAUCCUGGGACCUGGGACCCGUGUCCGUGUCCCGUGUCCUGUGUCCCGUGUCCGUUGUCGGCUCGACUGACGUUGACAUUUAUUGCCAGAGAUAAUAAUAAUGUAAUAAAAGAAAAAUACAAUUUAA